AUUGUGUGCCUUUUUGAGUGUGUGAAGGGUCUUAUGCCGCAAGGGUGCCACAUCUUACAGAAGCGCGGACCGGCAUAUAGGGUUCAGUAGCCGUUUUGGCUCAGGCAGCGGUCGUGGCUCAGCGCGCGGCUCGGUGCGAGUUCCCGCGCCAGCCCGGUGUGCUUGCCCAGGGCGCCCACACCACAUGUCGGUCGUGCAGGCCACAUCGAACAAGGGCGUCGUCUUUGACUAUGAUACAGUGGUUGACGGCGGUGCUGCAUGGUCGGACGCGGACUACAAGCUGACGAACAUCCCACCUCACCUCGUGGGAGGCGCGCUCGUCAGGACGCAGCACGGGAAGAUCCUUGAAGGCACCAUCGUCACGCUGACUGCAGGCGAUGCUGGUUCCUGCCGAGUUUAUGUGUCAGUGGAGUCGGAGGGCCCAAGGAAAAAAGACUGUGCCGCCGCCAAGGGUCGCGAUGGGGGGCUGCUGACGAGGCUGGCCGAGGCACCGAUAUGGUCCGGCGAGGAAGCUUCACCCAGUUGGUGCGGAGAGGACUCCGUCAUGGCCACCUUCAGCGCCCCCCUGAUGGCGGGCGGGUCCCUGACCCUCCCCGAGAUCGUGGAGAGCGGGGCGGUAAUCCUCAUCGUGGCCGUGCCCAUCUUCGUCAAGAGCUUCAGCGUCUCCAUGACCUCCACUGCCGAGGGCCAGGUCUAUCGGGCGGUCCCCGUCGAGGAGGGGGUCACGGCCUGGCAGGACCGCGAACACAGGCUCACGGGCGUGCCAGGGUGCCUCCUGGGCGGCACGCUGUUCCAGGGGCCCAAGGCCUUGCCCGACGGCACCGCGCUGGCCGUGUGGCCGAGCACGCGGGCGCGCGUGUACGCGCUGCUGGAGAAGGCGGGUAGCGGCGGCCUGGACGAGACAUCCCCGCCAAGGGCUGGCGGCCGGAGCCGGGGGCCCCACGCUGGCACGACACGGCGACCUUGGCCAUGUACAGCCGCCCCUGUGGCGCGGGCUGCGGGCUCUGCCUGCCGCCCACGCGGGGCGCCGAGGCCACCCUGUGCGUGGUCGUCGUGCCCGAGGCGGCGCCCCCGGUCGCCGCCCUCGAGGUCAGCGCGCUGGUGCCCGGCGGGCCGCGCGUCGAGGCCCUGGACUUCGCGGCCCUGGAGGAGGGCGUGUCGGCCUGGAGGGACGAGGGCCACCGGCUUACGCAGGUGCCAGAUUGGAUGAAGGGCGCCACGCUCGUGCGCGGGGCGCACUCGGGGCCUCCGGCCGGCGCGCUGUUCUCGGUGCGUUCCGCGGCGCCCAGCGUGGUGUACGCCAUGGUGGAGGGCGAGCUGAUGAACCGGCCUGGGCGCAGCGGGGGCCUGCUGCCCGAUGCGCUGCUGUCUGACGGCUGGGAGCGGCGGGACCAGGUCCCAGAGUGGAAGGCCGGGUCCAGGCUGGCGGUGCUAGCGCGGCGCGUGGCAGCCCGCCAGCCUCUGUGCCUCCCCCCGCUCGCCAACGACGGCGCCAUCUUCAUGCUGGUCGCCAAGACCGACGUGGAGGCCUUCGACGUCACCCUCGAGACGAGCGAGGGCACGGAGUUCGACAGGGCGAAGAUCGAGGAGACGAUGCUGGUGUGGAGCGACUGCCAGAACCGCCUGGCGUGGAUCCCCACAUCCAUGAAGGGGGGCACCUUCUUCAGGGGGCCCCAGAUCAUCUCCAGCGGCACAAAGCUGUGUCUCCACGGCAGCACGCCCUUCCGGGCCUACGUGGUCGUGGAGAUCAAGCACAAGAACCGCCCUGCGCGCAGCGGAGGCUUCCCGGACUCGCUCCCGAAGGCGGGCUGGCACGAGGAGUCCGCGGCGCCAAGCUGGGGCGACACCGCCGCGACCCUGCGCGUCUUCAGCCACAAGGUCGGCGAGGGCUCGCAGCUGGUGCUGCCCGCCACCUCCGGCGACGCGAGCCUCGUCGUGGUCGCCGUCAGCCUCACGUCGAGCCCCGACCGCGUGGCCGAAGAGCUGAAGCGGGUGUUCCGUGCGUGGGACGUGGGCGGGAAGGGCGGCAUGCGCAAGGAGGACCUGCGGGCCCUGCUCGAUGCCCUCUGCCCCGGCAUAGAACGCGCCAGUCGAGAGGCGUUGCUGGCGCAGUGCGACCGGCCAGGGUCCAGCGCGCUGAGCUACGAAGAAUUCGUCGACCGAGUCGUGCUGGCAAGCGCGAGGGCGUGACUGGGCGGGCGAACUGCGCCUGCGCGGGAGUAUCAGGGCACGGAACUGUUGUGUGCGCGCUCCCAGAAAGGAUGAAAAGAGCAGCGUGCAGUACGGCAGAUUCGCGUCGUGUCGACUUGCGGCGGCCCC